GAGAUGGGCGGGCUGGGACGCGUGCGGCAGCGGCUCCGGGGCGCCCGGCUCCUCCCCGCCUGUGCGCCCGAGCGCCGGCGGCCGCGCUGAGCUGUGCGGCGCGGGCCGGUCGAGCUGCCGCCGGCGCCCCGAGCGAGCGGAGCGCGGCCAUGCCCGGGCCCUAGCGCGCUGCCGCAGCUGGCGCCCGCCGCCGCCUCUUCAAUGGGCAACCUGCUCGGCGGGGUCAGCUUCCGCGAGCCCACCACCGUGGAAGACUGCGACUCCACCUGGCAGACCGACUCGGAGCCCGAGCCCGAGCAGCCGGGGCCGGCAGGCGGUGUCGAGGGCCAGGAGCACGACGAGCCGGAGCAGCCCGAGCAGCCUCCCGAGAGAGCUGGAGGGCGGCCCAGCGCCAGCCCCGAGCCCGAGGACCACGCCGAGGCGGUGGGCGCGGAGCAGGGUGGCGAGUCCACGGAAGGAAAUGCUAAGCCAAAGAGAAGCUUCUAUGCAGCGAGGGAUCUGUACAAGUACCGACAUCAGUACCCACAGAACUUCAAAGAUAUCCGAUAUCAAAAUGACUUAAGCAACCUGCGCUUUUAUAAGAAUAAAAUCCCGUUUAAGCCGGAUGGUGUUUACAUUGAAGAGGUUCUAAAUAAGUGGAAAGGGGACUACGAAAAGCUGGAGCACAACCACACUUACAUCCAAUGGCUUUUUCCCCUGAGAGAACAAGGCUUGAACUUUUAUGCUAAAGAAUUAACCACAUAUGAAAUUGAGGAAUUCAAAAAAACAAAGGAAGCAAUCAGAAGAUUUCUCUUGGCUUAUAAAAUGAUGCUAGAGUUUUUUGGAAUAAAGCUGAUUGAUAAAACUGGAAAUGUUGCUCGGGCUGGAAACUGGCAAGAAAGAUUUCAACAUCUGAAUGAGUCUCAGCACAACUAUUUAAGAAUUACGCGAAUUCUUAAAAGCCUUGGUGAGCUGGGGUACGAGAGUUUUAAAUCUCCUCUGGUAAAAUUCAUUCUUCACGAGGCUCUGGUGGAAAAUACCAUUCCCAACAUUAAGCAGAGUGCUCUGGAGUACUUUGUUUAUACGAUUAGAGACCGAAGAGAGAGGAGAAAGCUCCUAAGGUUUGCCCAGAAGCAUUACACACCGUCAGAGAAUUUCAUCUGGGGGCCGCCUAAGAAAGACCAACCAGAGCGAGGCAAAGCUCAGAAAACACCUACUCUGCCCGCUUCCGGCUCGAAUGGUCAAACUUCUGCGCACAAGAAGUCCAAGGACUCCCAGAAUGCCUCGGUCCCAGCUCACUUAAAUAGCAAAACAGUGGAAGAAAAAAAGGGAGCACCGAGAGAGCCUGGGGAGGAGGCAGACAAGCUGAGCCCCGAUCCCAGCAGUGAGGAUUCCAAGCCAAGACACGCGGAGAAAGACAGUGCUGCCGACCAAUCCGAUUCUCCACCGGAGAAAACCACUGGCACUGAAACCGCGGGAAAGGGGGAAUGUCCAACUUCUUCUGAGAAGGAUGGAGAAGGGGAAAACCAGAGCAAAGACUCUGAAAAUACUGAAAAUACCGGUUGUGAUGCUGAGGUGGUGGCACAGCAAAAUGUCGCAAACCCACAAACCAGUCCUGGCUAAGGGAGUAAAAAAACCUGCUGUGCUGAAGGCCGGAGAUGAGGUCACGUUUAAAAUGUUAGCCACCUGUGACUUCGGCUGAAAGCCCUUUGCUCCUGUUUUUACUUUGGAUGGCAAUGAAUCGGACCUUUAAUCAGAAGUCUUAAGACUGGAUCCAAUAAAAGAAUAUAUUUAGGAUGUGUUUUCAAAUUCUGUAUAUAACAGUCACUUUAAAAAUAGUUUCAAGUUGUCUAGACACAGUUCCGUAGCAUUUGGUACUCGGCGCAUUUUCCUAAGAGAUCCCUGCAGACAUCAAGUCCCUCUGGUAAGGUGGCAGCACCUGGCUUUUAGAUUAGUUAGUGAAGGAUGCUGAGUUAGGUGUGCCCAGAUGUUUCCAGAAACUAAUCUGGAUUCUCUGGAUGACAGUGCCUCGGAGCUCUUAGCGUUGGCGGCAGCUGUGGCUGGUCCUUCCUUCCCACUGGUCUGCUGCCCUCCUCUUCUCCCCUCUUCUUCUUGCUUGAGCAUCACUAUCUCUCUCAGCUUCUGCACAAGUUGUCUAGUACACGUUAGGAUCCUCUCCUGUACCAAAAUCCAGGUGGAACAGAGGGGAUUUUCACUAGUCUAAUUUCAGGAUUUUUUUUUAUGUUCAUAAUAAUAAAAAUAUUCUCAGUAUUGUUUAGGAAGAAUGGUUUUUGUGUGUGUAUGUGAAAAAAUAAGGAACAAAAAUAGACUUGAUUUUUUUGUGUGACUGUUCUAUACAAAAUUGUUAGUUGAUUAUGGAUGCAAAUCACUGAGGAAUGUUAUAAAAAUCACAAAGAAUUAGUCAUUCUGAAAAGAUGACACUUCAUACUGUCAACAAGCAAAUUGUCCUUUGAACCAUUAGUGUGGUGAUACCCUGAGGACUAUACUGAUGUUACCAGUCCACGGUGUCUACAUGUAUGUGUGUAUGUUCAUCUUCAUGUAUCAUGUGUAUAUGUGCAUCUCAUCCUCGUGUACUUUGUCUAUGUUCAUCUUCAUGUAAUAUCUGUGUAUGUUUAUCUUCAUGUAUUCUGUGUAUGUUUAUCUUCAUGUAUUCUGUGUGUAUGUUCAUCUUCAUGUAUUCUGUGUAUGUUUAUCUUCAUGUAUUAUAUGUGUAUGUUUAAUCUUCAUGUAUUCUGUGUGUAUGUUCACCGCCAAGUAUUAUCUGUGUAUGUUCAUAUAUAUUCACCUUCAAGUAUUAUGUGUAUAUAUUCAUCUUUAAUUUGUCAUUUGAAACAGAGAACAGUUUGAAAUUAUAUAUACCUACUUUAAGAAAAUAUUAGAUUUGCAUAGCAUUGGUUAAAAGUUUUUAUUUUCUACAGUGUUAUGGCUAAUUAUUAGUACAAAUCAGAAGACAAUCAGAAACACUGUGAUAGGAACUUCAGAACAUUCAUACAGACAAAAUGAUGAGCAGAAAAUAUUUUUACUGUUUUUGUUAUUGAAGAAUGAAUUGACUUUUAAAAAUCUCUCUUUAGCUUUUAAGAAAAGCCCCAUAUGUUUUCACCCACUCCAACCCGCACACCCCAGGGAACUUUGCCUGUUUCCUCUUUUGUAGUACACCAUAUAUACUCGUCUUCUUGGCUUCUUCAGCCCACAACUUUCCGUGGUGAUUCCUACAGAAUACUUCCACUAAUCUUAGACCAUUGGAACUAAGAUUUUAUUGUCUUUAAAUAUCCACAACUCAGUUAUUUAUCCCUGACUUUAUUUGUGCACCAUAGUGGCACAAAUAUGAUACACACUUAUUUGUGAAUCAUAUCCCUGUAAGUAAGACAAGAAACACUUCAUCAUUCUAGGGAUAAUAAUCAGCUUUAGCUGAUGUGUUACAUCAACUUUAAUUAGUACCAAUUUGUGAGGUGUUAAGAUUUUGAGGUAAUAAUCUUGGUUUAAACUCAGUUCAAGGGAAGGAGAGCCUAUGCUCUCUUGUGUGGUGUUUGUAGCAACAAUCUAAAGUUCUUAGUAGAUAGACAUUUACACUGGGUUUAGGAAUGAGAGAGGAUUGCCAACUUAGGAUGAGAUGUAGGGGUAUGAACAACUAAAUAAACAUACCUUAAUUUUGGACACACAUGAAGCAUUCAGACCACUUUAAAGGUGUUUAGUAAAAGAACAUGAGAACAGGAGACUAGAAAGAUGACUUGGUGGUAAAGAGCUUUUCUUGUUCUUCCAGAGGACCAGGGUUCAAUUCCCUGUGCCUCUACUGUGUAGUUCACAAUUGCCUUUACUACCGGGGGAUCUGACUCCUUGUUCUGGCUUCUGGGAGCAGUGGGACCUGCAUGCAUGUGCUGCACAUACACUCAAGCACACGCAUACACAUAGAUAACCUUUUAAAGAUAAGACAUGGGGUCAGAUACUAAAAAUAUUUUUUAUAAAACAAGCUACCAGAUACAAAAUUUAAUACAAUCCAAGUUACUUAGAAGUUACAGUAUAUCAGAACCCUUAGAAAUAAAAACGCUCAACAAUUUAGAUUCUAGAGUAUUUAUUCCUUAUUAAUGGUUUUGUUAGGUUAUGCUAUUUAAUUUGAGAAUACUUAGUCUCUAGAGGAGAACACCCUGGUUUUCAUUUAAAAUAGUGGCCCUUUUCUUGUGACAGUUAUUUUAACUGGGUAUUCAUAACGUGUCAAUGUUCCCUCCAUUUAGUCUGUAGAUAGCAGAGAAAACAACUCGGUGAAGAACAAGUUGAAGUAAGCCGUUCCUUUUGCUGAUAAAAAUUAAGCAUCUCGAUUUUUUCUAUUAAAAGCACUUUGUACAUUUAAUAGUUUUUUAACAUAAGAUCUAUAGAUGAUGUGUUUAUGUGUGUGUUAGCUAACAAACAGUGGUCCAAAUUUGACUUAGAUGUUUUGUGUUUUUCAAAUCGCCAUAUGCUUAUAGUAAUUUACUGAGAAUCUGUUCCAGAAACUGCUGUGCCGCAUGGCCAACUAACUAGAUGCAUUGCAGAGCAUCCACAGGUGUUCUUAAGUGGACUUUGUUGUACCACAAGCGGCAAGGAUACAAAGUAUCAGCUAGAAGCAUUGAUUGUGGAGCAUCCACAGAUGUUCUUAAGUGGUCUUUGUUGUACCACUAGUGGAAAGGAUACAAAGUAUCAGCUGUUAAUAAAAUUACAUUUCACAACAAAUAGAUGCUAUAUUGCUUGACUAGCUUGGUGCAUUUCUAAUAUUUUUUUUUGCUUUAAUAUUUCAGAGGAGAAAAAUAUAUGUGAAGAUAUUUUGAAAUACUAUAAGGUGAUAAAUAGUUCUAUAUUUCUGUAUGGUGGAGAUGUUUCUGACAUUAAGAUUAUUGUUCUGGCUUUUGGAGCUCAUUCUCAUAGGAAAUUUUAAGUGAUCUUGACUUGAAAAAAAAUCUUAUCUGCUUUCUCUAAAUCGAGCCUUGUUGUCAGUUCUAAAUAAAAUUGCAUAGUUUUAUUUUGUUUUA